AUGCCCCCCGGACCACCAAUCCCCCUCUUCAUCGCCUCUCUCGGCAACCCGGGCCCUCUCUACAGCCGCACCCUCCACAGCGCCGGCCACGUCCUGCUCCAAGAACUCCGCGUCGUCCUCAGCUUCCCCGCCUUCGAAGCCUCCAAACCGCUCGGCAAAGGUCUCGUCUCGCAGAACCUCGCCAACCCAGACAACCCGUGGUGCCUAUGGCAAUCGCCCUCGCUGAUGAACACGAGCGGCGUGGCUUUGGCCGCGGCAUGGCGGCACUGGCAGCUCCAGCGGGAGCGAGAAGGUAGAGCCGGGGUGCUGGUCGUGCUGCACGACGAGCUUGAGAAGGGGGUUGGGGAGGUCAAAGUCAGGACCGGGGGCAGCGCGAGGGGGCACAAUGGGCUCAAAAGCAUCCAGGCCAAGAUGCCGCAGACGCCGUUUGUACGCGUGGGAAUCGGCAUUGGGAGACCGGAGAGUAGGGAGCCGAGUGAUGUCGCGAGGUAUGUCCUCAGGAAGAUGACGGAUAGGGAGGAGGCGGCCAUUGGGGACGUUGUGGGGGUGGUUAUUGGGACGUUGAGGGAGGUGCAGGAGGGGAGGAUUAGGCCUGAUGCUGUGGGAAAGAGGGGUGGGUGA